GAGCUGUCUGCUGCCAACACAGGGCGGACAUGUUGGGGCGGCCUACUAGAGGACAGUACGGCAUACAUUUCUGAUUUUACCGGCUAAAGUAGCGGCAAAGCAGGGACGGGACAUCAUGGAUGCCGUCAACGCUUUUAAUCACGAGUUGUUCUCGUUGAUGGACACUAAGCCUCCCAUCUCGAGGGCCAAGAUGAUCUCUAUCACCAAAUCUGCUAUAAAAGCCAUUAAACUAUACAAGCAUGUUGUCCAAAUUGUUGAAAAAUUCAUAAAGAAGUGCAAGCCUGAGUACAAAGUUCCAGGGCUCUAUGUGGUGGAUUCUAUCGUGAGACAGUCAAGGCAUCAGUUUGGAGCGGAAAAAGAUGUCUUCGGGCCCAGGUUUACCAAAAACAUUACAGGAACGUUUGAAAACCUGUGCUUGUGUCCCACUGAGGAUCGGAGUAAGAUAGUGAGAGUGUUGAAUCUGUGGCAGAAGAAUGGAGUGUUUAAAAUCGAGGUGAUCCAGCCUCUCUUAGACAUGGCAGCUGGAUCCAGCAGCUCAGCUGAGGCGGAUGACGGUCCUGAUGCAGCAGCAUCUCCGCCUUCUCCCGUGCGAGAGCAGGAGUCUCAUCCUGUGGUGACGUCAAACUCCAUUGCAGCAGCUGUGCCUCAACUUCAAAAUUCGGAUGCUUUUGCAGCCGUUGCUCAGCUGAUUCAGUCCUCUCAAGGACAGAAGCUUCAGCAGAUUCUGCAGAACUUUCAGGCUCCAGGAAAACCUCAGUCUCCAGCUGUGGAUAACAACAGGAGUCACAUCCACCUGCAGGCUCAACCAGUGACCGCAGCUCCCUCCACCCACGUACAUCAGCACCAACACCACACACCACAACCGGUGGAGAAGAAGGCCACUUUCGACACAACACUUCUUGACCGAUUUGACUAUGACGAUGAGCCAGAAACUGGUGAGGAGGUCAAAAAGGAUGAAACACAAUCUAUUCAACCUAAUAUAGGAUUUCCUGAGCAGACUGCCGCAGGUUUUCCUCCAACAAAUCAGAUGCAGCACUUUCAACAACACAUGAUGGGUGUAUCGCAGCACCAACAGGUUGUUAUGCCUUCAAAUGGACAGGUCCAAGGGUUUGGUCUUAUGACCUCACAGCCUUUCCCAGGCAUGAUAUCUCAGAUGGGGCAGCCACACGCAGCUUUCCCCCCUCAGAACGACACCUUUAACCAGAUCAUGGCUGGACAUCAUCAGGAAAUGCAGACAAAUUCAGAUGCAACUUCGAGUCAUUACCCCGAUGACAAAAGGUCAAGAUCGCGCUCAGGGUCAAGGUCUCCUAAAAGAAGAAGGUCCCGUUCGAAUUCCCGCGGCAGACGAAUGCGCCAUCGCCGUUCUCGAUCCCGUUCGCGAGAGCGGCGGCAUCAUUCGCCUCACUCACGGUCUCAGGAAAGGAGAGAUAGGGAAAGAGAGCGAGAACGACGACAGAAAGGUCUCCCGCCUGUAAAGGGUAACACUCUCAGUGUGUGCAGUACAACCCUUUGGGUGGGUCAGCUGGAUAAAAGGACGCAUCAGCAAGACGUGGCUUGUCUGCUAGAAGAGUUUGGCCAGAUAGAUUCAAUUAACAUGAUUCCUCCUCGUGGCUGUGCCUACAUUGUCAUGAUCCAUCGUCAAGAUGCCUAUCGAGCUCUGCAGAAGCUUAGUAGAGGUCCAAACAAACUUAACCAGAAAGCUAUUAAGAUUGCCUGGGCUCUAAACAAGGGCAUUAAAGCAGAGUUCAAGCAGUUCUGGGAUGUGGAGUUAGGGGUCACUUACAUACCCUGGUCCAAAAUCAAACAGGAGGACCUGGAUGUGUUUAGAGAAGGAGGGAUGUUGGAUCCUGAUUCUCUUGCACCAGAGUGGAGAGACUCUCAGAGUGAGCUGGAGAAACCAGAGGAGUCCCAGAAUGGCAGGGCUGAUGUAAGGAAAAUUGAGGAGACACCUACAGUUGUACCUAUGCAGCCUCAGGUUCCUCCUGUCCAGCCAAUGGGAGCAGUUGGCGUUCUACCGCCAGGAUUCCACGGACACAUGAAUAUGCCACCCCCGUCAUUCCCACCAGGGGUUCCCCCACCUCCGGGCCAUUUUAUACGGCCAGGCUUCAAUCCCAUGCAGAUGCCACCGGGAUUUCUGCCUCCAGGUGCCAUGCCUCCACUGGGCACUCCUGGACCUCAUCCACCUACAGCAGGGAUCAACAUGCCUCCAGUUGGCGGCUCAGUUGAAGACCUGUCAAGUGAUCCGGCAAGAAUCAACAAUGACGGAACAGAUGGAAAUCAGGUGCCUCCUGGAGGUCCACCCGGGAUGGGCAUGCAAUCACCACCUGGUCUUUUAGGUUCAAGGCCAGGUUUAAUGCCUCUGCAGCGCCCCCCAGGGAUGCCACCCCCACACAUGCAACGCUUCUCCAUUCCACCUCCUCGACCUGGCAUGCCACCCAUACAUCCACAGAUGAUGCCACCCAGGGGUCCCCCUCAAAUGAUGCACCGUGAGCCACCACCCAGAGGUUUUGGCAUGCCGCCCCCUCCUCAUGGCAUCCGGGGCCACUUUCCUCCUCCUGGACCUCCCUUUAUGAGACCCGGCGGUCCAAGACCAGAUGGGCCAAAUGACCACGAGGGCAGACCGUUCAGGGGCGAGCGCCCUGGGCUAGGAAGGGGAAGAGAGCGGGAACAAGAGUGGUUUGGAGGGCGCCGUCCAUUCGGGGAGGCUCACGGCGGGGAGAGGUCAGAAGGUCGAGAGCGAUUUGGAGGCUGGCAUGAAGAACCGGAUAAACAAGGCGGAUGGGAAAGAGAGCGAGAACGGAGUGAUUGGAGGAGUCCAGAACGAGAGAGGGAUCGAGCAAGGGACGGUGGUGAAGAGCGGAGCAAGCGCUCGACAGGGAGUAGAGAACCAGGGACUCGAGAGAGAAGCACACGCUGGGAUAAAGACGAUAGACUCGAUCGACUGGGUCAAACUGUCGAAGAACCCACGGAGAAACAAAAUCAAGAUUCAACCAAUACCAAUGAGUCCAAUGCAAACUCUGCUAAAGAACUUCCUGAAGCCAUAAUAGACUCAAAAGUCUCAGAACCUAUAGCAGAGAACGAAUCUGUCCAACAAACACAUACAGAAGAGUCAUAAAUGGCUCUAAAUGUAUACAUUAAGUGUCCCUGAGUCAAAGACCUUAUAAGUUUUUCCCCAUGUCAGUGCUAAUCAUGAAAACUGCUGGCUGAUUAAGAAACAACAAAGCAGCGUUACUACACCUGCUUGGAUGCUUUAUACAUGUAAUACUUGGUUUUUCAGCACAAACCAAGAUUUGUUGAAGUUAAUUGUAUUUAGCGUCUUUGGCACACGUGGAGCGUUGCCUUGUGAAUUAUUGUCCCAGCUCAAUGAAGCUUGAAUGUUGUAUUAAAACAAAAGAAAAAGAAGCGAUUAAUGAAUUUCUGCUGUAAAUAUGCUAACAUUACUCAAAUAAUAUUUGUAGAUUUUGACCUGGAGUUGUUUUUUUUUCUUUCAGUUAUAUCCCCGUUGAGUUUCAGUAAAGGAAACAUUGACUAAAAUAUGACAUUAAGGCCCCUUUGCUGUAAUGUUUUUAACUUAAUGUUUACAACAUACAAGAAAUAAGAUGUUUUUAUAAUGUUUACGUUUCUGGAUGUAGGAACUUCAAUAUUUCAGCGAUAGGGAAUUGGUUUUAAUAAAAUAUUUUCAUACCAAAUGAA